ACAAGGUUGAUAGUUUGUGAAGGAUCGGAGGCGGCUGCUUUCCCUAAUACGUAUCGGAAAUUAUUACAGAAGAUGCAAGACCGACUCGGUUUUCCCCUGCUUCGCCGCCUCUAGACAUAUGUGUGCAUCGUCACCUCCUCUAAUCCCCUCACGCUGCCCUUACGAGAUCGAGUAGUCGAGCUAGUAACCAGCUAAUCGUCCGUAAUAUUUCGAAUUUCCUUGGGUUCUGCUAGCCGCCCGUCCGUCCGUGCGAUCACCCGGCCCAGGCCUAGCGGCGGCGAUGGCAGCCCCCCUUGAUCUCUCACUGUUCCGGCGAUUGUUGCGGCUCUUGCCAGAGGUAGAAAGCCCCAGCGACAGCAUCCUCAUCCCUUCCCGGCACAAGGCAGAGUACACGGCCGCCUCGCUCCUAAUCUUCUUAGCCGGCAGCCAUCUGCCCCUGUACCAGCUCCACGGGAUCGCCAACACCACCUCGGCUGAUGAUCAUCAUCGGGGCGAGCAGCAGCUGCAGCUCUACCGGAACCAGGCGGCGUACGCGUCGACACGCGGCACCUUGAUGGUCUCCGGCGUGCUGCCGCUCCUGCUGUCCGAGGCGGCGGCACACCUCCUCUGAGGGCUCCACGUCGUCAGGCGCGACGAGGCGAACCGCGUCCUCCUGCACGGCCCGCUGCAGAAACUGCUGGCGCUGGCGCUCUCCGCCCCCAUGGCAGCCGGCGCCGCGGGGGAACAUGUCGGCGUGGGGAACAACGCGGUCCUGGCCGCCCUGCAGCUCUUGUUCGGCGGCGUCAGCGUCGUCUACCUCAGACGAGGUCCUUAGAAAGGGUUACGGCCUGUUACCUGCUGUCCCAUUGUUCACUGCCGCCAACAUUUGCGUAAGUCUUUUGCUCAAGGCACUCACGGGCGUGCAUGGAGACCUCAUGGCGACGUUUGCCUUCUUUCUGCUUGUGCUGCACCUGCAAGGCUUCCAUGUUCCCUUGCCACCGCUGAGAAAGACGAUGCCAGAUGGCAAGCCGUGUGAGCUGCAGGCUAGCUACAGAGUCAACAAAUCGUACCUCGCAUGUGCACCCAUCAUCUUCCAAGGCCUACUCCUUUCAAACACGUGUUUCAUCUCAGAGGUUUAUCGUUGCAGGGAUUAUACGCUGCAUUUGGGGGAAAUAAGCUGGUCAAAUCUGCUCGGUAAGUGGGAGAGAUCAAAACAAUUUGGAAAACUGAUUCCAGUCAGCGGGAUGGCCUACUACCUGACUACACCACCAACCUGGGCUGACGCCACAAGUGACCUUAUAAAUGUAUGCAUCUAUGAUGUCUUUCUGCUCAUGGGAUGCGCUCUUGUCUCUGCGGCUUGGUUCAGAAUCCGUGCAUGUGCACAAAGAUAUCAGGCCCGUUUGCUUGGGCCUGAGACGAUUUCUUUCAACCAAUGGACGCGUCAUGUCAUCAGGGGUUGCAUUUACCGUGGGAUUUUGCAUUGGUGCGCUGACCCUCCUGGCGGGAUUCAUGGGCGUAAUUGGCUCUGGCACUGGAAUUAUGCUCGCCGUGACCAUCAUAUAUUCUAACUUUAAGUUAGACAACAUAGCUUCCAGGACUGGUUCAUUUGGACUUUGAGAUUGUUGAAAUUGUAGUCUGACUAGAGGUUGGGGAGCUUGCCACGUCUCCUGAUCCGAACAUUUUUCAGAGCAGUGAUUUGUUCACUAGCAGGCCGGAAACAACUUUAGACUGUUCCUUAUUUGUUACAGUAGAGAUCGUGCCUUUUCUA